AUGUCACUAGGUCGCGAACCUGUUGCAAGUUUUCCUCUAACCUCCAAGAUGACCACGGCGAAGAUCGCAGAAUGCUUGACGGCUACCCUCAAUCCAGACACAAAUACUCGAAUCGCUGCGGAACUCAAGCUAGGGGAAUGGUUUACGCGUCCAGGCGCGUCGUUUUCACGCAUCGCCAUUGCUCUUCGCAAGUAUGUCCGAGAAAGAUGGUCGCCCUACUUUUCCACUUUCAAAGGCUGUGCUCCACCAGUUGAGAUAAAAGCUCAAAUCCGGGAAGCAGUAUUCCAUGGACUCUCAGAUCCACUUAGAAAAAUCCGAACGCUCUCAGCUCACACCCUCUCCUCCAUAGCCAACUGUGAUUGGCCAGAUGAAUAUCCAGAUCUACUUGCCUCCCUUAUCAGUCUGAUAUCUUCUGGAUCGCCCAACUCUGUCCAUGGUGCAAUGCAGGUCUUUACGGAAUUCAUCAAGUCCGACUUGACGGAAGACCAGAUUUUACCUGUUCUCCGUGAACUUCUUCCUGUCCUCUUGCAGAUACUUGGAUCCACCGAGUCGCAUUCAGCUCCGACUCGUGCCCGCGUCGUCUCUGUUUUUCGCCAAUGUGUGACGGCGUUGUUCAUGGUAAAAGAUCAGCAUCCUCAAGCUGUGAAGGAAGCAACGGCCUCGGUUCUACCAGUCUGGUUAGAAGCCUUCAAAGUUUUGCUCAGCAUCGAUCCUCUUCAAGAUGUUGCCAAUGCCUCCAGCUGGGACGGACUCACUGUUAGAAUCCAGAUUUUUAAGACACUGGAUACUCUCCACACGUCAUUUCCAAGAGCUCUGGUCGACUACCUGAAUGAUUUCCUAGCGGUGUCUAUAAACCAUUUGCGAGCAUUGUACUCAACUUUCACGUCAUAUUAUCUCAAUGGGUCCGAAUCGGCUCCAAACACAUCAGAAGAUGAGCCGAUUGAACUUCCACAGCUUGUAUGCCCUAUCAUUGAUCUCCUUGCUGCUGUCAUUCGAAGUGGGAAGGCUCACAAUUGGCUGAGCGAUGCGAACAUUUUCUCAUUGGUUUCAUCGGUAUUUGCAUAUAUUCAAAUGUCAGAGGAAGACGCGGAGACUUGGGCAAGUAACGCAAAUGCCUUCGUUGCCCAGGAAGAGGACGAAACCCAAGCCUACAGCGUCAGAGUAGCUGGAUUUGAUCUUCUCAGUUGCUUGAUGGAACGCGCUCCAGCCCAAACAACUGCGUCUUUCCAAUCGUCCAUUACACAAGUUGUUGUGGCGUCCGAACAAACUCGCAAUGCAGGAGACCCUGAAUGGUGGCGACCCUUAGAGGCAGGCCUUGCAGCCAUCGGAUCCCAAGCAGAGUCUGUCCUAGAUUGCAUUGAGGACGAACAGGAAUCAGGUCGCCAGAAACCCAUCGACAUCGAUUCUCUUCUUUCGAAUGUGAUACCUCCCAUUUUGGGUGUAUCGGAAGCGCCGUUCUUACAAGGAAGAGGAUUCGUCUUUGCUAGUCAAUAUGCCAAACUGCUACCCCUUCAGUCUGCCGGUCAUUACCUCAAUGCUGCAGUCCAAAUUCUAGAGUCAAGUGAGGCUAGCGUUCCGGUGAAGAUUUCGGCAGUUAAGGCGAUACACAAUUUUUGUCAAGACGGAGAGGACUCUGCUCUUAUUCCAUUUGCCCCUCGAAUAACCCAAGACCUUGGCCCUUUGCUCCUCGUCGCUUCAGAGGACACCCUGUCCUUAAUUCUAGAAUCCUUAUCUGUGGUCCUUGAGGUGGAUCAAGGCAAGUGGCUGACACAGGAACUCGCUGGGUCUUUGGUUACUGCAAUAUUAGAAGUGUGGAAUAAGAACAAUAAAGAUCCGAUCUUUAUUUCGAUCUUUACGGACAUCCUCACCAAUCUUGCAUCAUCACCGGCGAAUGGCAUCUACGAGACCGUGAUCAAGCAAGCCCUCCCUCCACUUAGUGCGGCUGUGACCUCUGCCAAAAAGGAGGAAUCAUGGAUAGCUAGUUCAGCAAUCGACCUGAUCAGUAGCUUGGUCUCAGGAGCCAAAGAAAACAAUCUUGGAGAAGGCUUCUUCCAGUUAUUGGCGCCCGGAUUAUUUUCAUGUUUGGGCGGGGCAGAAGACCGGGAUGUCUUGCAGAACGGGAUUUCUUGUCUUACCCUCAUCAUUCGCAAAGAUUGCAACCAGAUAGUGUCCUGGAACGACGGCAGUGGUAGAAGCGGUCUCGAAUAUGUCUUGUCUCUCACCGGACGUAUGCUCGAGAGCCAGGAUGAGUCGGGAGGCCUCCAAAUAGGUGAUCUUAUCAUCCACCUCUUGAGACGAACAGGUGAUGCCGUACUUCCCGUUCUACCUCAGCUGUUACAAGCGAUGGUGUCACGAAUGACGACUGCAAAGACUGCGACCUUCCUCCAGAGUUUGGUCAUUCCGUUUGCCUUCCUGAUCAACAACCAACGAGACACUGUCCUGGCCCUGUUGGAAUCCUUGGACAUCAAUGGCCGGAAUGGGCUAGAUAUCCUCAUCCAAACGUGGUGCGAGAAUGCAGAAACAUUCCAAGGAUUCUGGCCAUCUCGUAUCAGCACCUUGGCUCUAACCCAGCUUCUCGUGUCCGAUCGCCCGAGCCUCCAGAAUCUCACCGUCAAGGGAGACAUCAUCAUCAAACCGGAAACUAAGAAUGUCAUUAUGACUCGCUCAAAAACGAAGAAGACUCCUCAUGAAUUCACGGCGAUUUCUUUCCCUGUCAAAGCCCUCAAGAUCAUUCUGCGAGACGUUCAGUCUGGUGGAGAUGCGGCUACUCUGACAGCCCAAGGAGAGGUAUAUGACGUAGAAUCCGAUGAUGGAGAUGAAGAUUGGGCAGAGGAGGAAAAACAAAAUCAAGGGUUCAAAGCAGAUGAGUUCGCGUUCCUGUCGGACAUGUUGGGUCCCAAGGGAAUGGCCUUCGAUAACGACGAAAUUCUCGAUGAUAAUGACGACGAGGAUUUGAAGAAUGACCCCGUUUCUCACAUGGACUUGCAGGCGCACCUCCAGGCAUUUUUACGUGAUUGCGCCGCUCACAACACGAAUAACUUCGCCCAGCUUGUGGACCAGCUCUCUCCAGAAGAAACACUGGUUGUCCGUAGGAUUGUCAAUGUCUCGCUCAAGAAAGUCAAGGGCGAAAACUUCUACCGCAAUGCGAAGCAAGUUGCUCGAGUCAAAAUGCUCAACGGCGGCAAGGCCGUACGUGACAAGGACGGGAAGAUUAUCCAGGCUGCCGCUUUUCAGAAGGGAGAAGACGAGACGAAGCCUGGACGGGUGCAACCCGAUCGUAGAUGGUUCGGGAAUACCAGAGUUAUCUCUCAAACGGCUUUGGAUCAUUUUAGAACAAGCCUUGGGUCCAAGAAGGACGACCCAUAUUCAGUCUUACUGAGGAGGAAUAAACUGCCGAUGGCUCUCCUCGACGAUGCUGCCAAUCCGAAUCUCCGCAAGCGAGCUCAUAUCGUCGAAACCGAACCUUUCGCCGAAACCUUUGGCCCUAAGGCUCAAAGAAAAAAACCAAGAAUAGAAGCUGGGACGUUCGAGGAACUGAGUCAACUUGGUGCUGCAGCAGGAGACGAGGCGGACAAUGCUGCUGCUUCAUCAGGUCAAGCAGUCAUUGAGCCUCUUGCCUCCUCGAUUGUCGAGCCACAAACUCAUGCCGACUACAAUGAGCCCAUUUAUGCCAAAGGCACUUCAAGACGAAUAUAUGGCGAACUGUACAAGGUCAUAGACUCUUCCGACGUCAUUCUCCAUAUCCUCGAUGCUCGCGACCCCUUCGGGACAAUGUGCGAAUCUGUACUCGAGUACAUAAGAAAAGAGAAAUCGCACAAACAGGUAGUCUUAGUUAUUAACAAAUGUGACCUAGUUCCGAACUGGGUCACGGCGCGAUAUAUUAAACACCUCACCCCUCGCUACCCCACUAUUGCUUUCCAUGCCUCGCCGAAUCACUCCUUUGGCAAAGGCUCUCUUAUUCAGUUGCUGCGGCAGUUUUCCCAGUUGCAUUCAGACAAGAAGCAAAUAUCCGUGGGGUUUAUGGGAUACCCUAAUGUCGGGAAAAGUAGCGUCAUCAACACGCUGAAGAGCAACAAAGUUUGCCGUGUAGCCCCAGUACCUGGAGAGACGAAAGUCUGGCAAUACAUUACUCUCACCAAACGAAUAUACCUCAUCGAUUGCCCUGGAAUUGUGCCCGCCUCAGCACACGAUUCGCAAGCAGCUACCGUCCUGAAGGGCGUGGUCCGAGUAGAAGCUCUUGCAACUCCUUCAGAACAUAUACCUGUUCUCAUGGAACGGGUGAAGCCCAUCUACCUCUCCAGGACAUACGGGAUAGAUCUUCCGGAGAAAGAUGAUCCCACGAAGAGUUGGGAACCGGAAGAAUUCCUCGAUAAACUUGCACGGAUGAAAGGCCGACUAUUAAAACAUGGCGAACCAGAUUUGGACUCCGUUGCCAAGAUUAUUUUGAGCGAUUGGGUUCGGGGUCGUAUUCCGUUCUUUGUGCCACCGCCUGAAAGGUCAGAGGACCUGAAUGCUGCCGAAGCUAAGCAGAGGAAGAAAAAUGAUCUGAAGGGGAAGGGGAAGGCGACAUCUGAGGCUGAAGUUCCAGGAGUCAAGCAAAACCUGAAGACUCUUAUCCAGAAGAACACCUUCCUGCCUGAGGAUAUUCAGAAGAUGGACGAAGAACCCAAGGAGGAUGAGGACGAAGAUGUCGACGACGAUGCUUCUGGAAGCGGGACUGAAAACUCAGAUCAUGUCGAUGAAGGAGAAGACGAAGAUGAUUUGAAGUGGACCGACGUCUUUGAAGGCAUCAACUCCAACUCCGUUGUUUCUAAUGCUGCAAAGGAACCCAAGAGUGAUGCCCUUCCUGAAAAAGAAGAAAGCUCUGACGAGGAAGCGUCAGAUAAAAAGGAACCUCGGAUGAAGACGAACAAGCGCAAAGCCGGCAAUUUUUACUCGACCGCGAAUGUGAAGAACAAGAGUCGGUCAAAAGCGGCCUUAAUGAAAUCGCUUCCUGUCGGAAAAAAGGGCAAGAAGAAGAGUGCUUGA